AUGUUCACAAUAUAUCAAAUGAUGAACAAAUACAAACAACUUCAGUCAGCUAAUAUCAAUCCGGAAAAACUUGCUGACAAAUUAUAUAAGCCUAUUACACGUGAUGAGAUCCGAAAUAGAAUGAUUGCUAUUGCUAACAGCAUACACCUUGCUAAAGUUCUCGAAUUCGCCAAAAAAGCAUACACUUGUGUCGCCAUCGAUGAAGGCAAGACAUAUGAUUACCACAAUCUUGAUUUUGUCUUAACAAAUCCGUUGGAGCAAAUGAAGCCAUACCCAGUAGAGGCGAUAGAUAUGAAGGAUGGCCAGACAAGUCAGGAUUAUAAAUCCGCAAUAACAGCAGGAUUUAACAGAAUUGACAUUAGGAAAGUCAAGAUAGGUAGUGUGGUAGUUGACGGAGGACCAGCACAGUUAAAAUGCUUCAAAGAUACUUGGAAUGAUUCAUUCUAUCAUGACAGAGAUCCAAAAUACUACAAGAUAUUGCUUAUUCCCUGUUUGUGUCACAGAAUCCACAACAGCUAUCAAUAUAUUGCUGGCAAGAACAACCAGUUACAAAGUUUAGUAAAGGAUGUGCACAGAAUUGCAGAACUUUGUCGCAUUCAUGCUGACGAUAUAGGUGCACAAUGUCCACAGCAUGUAUCCACCAGAUGGAUAUAUGACUAUAAUAUAUGUGUCUUUAUUCUUAAGUACGAAAACAAAAUCAAGCAAUAUAUAAAUGUAGAUCACGAUAAAAUCGUACAAUUGAAAGAUUGUUUAGCUGUUCUUAAAAAG